GACUCCGAGUCCGAGUCCUGACUUUCUCUCUUGUGCUGUUUUACUUGUGAAAACAUUUGCAGGCUAACAAGCCAGAAGGACGGACACAGAUGCAGGGAGUGGUUGGAAAAACGCAGGCGUGUCCAAGCGUUUGCAGGGCGGGUGUCUGACGUCAAUUCCGAAGUGAUCGCAGCGACUGAGGGACACUUCCCAGUUUUACCAUGUCAGCUUCAAGCACACAUCAGGCCCUGGACAAGACAGAACCGUUCAGAGGUGUUCAACAUACAAAACCUCCCCUAAAACCCAAACCAAUUGUACCUCCACGUCCCAAGGAAAUUUUGUGCUCAAGUCCAAAUUCUGAAAUAAAAAAUGCGUUAUUAUCCCCAACAUGUGGUCCUUGCUCUCCAACAUCCGAUAUCCCUUCUGCACUCAAGAUCUCUCAGCUCACAGGGCCUCAACCCUAUGGAACCAGACGGACCUCCUUGAAGAGAUGGUCAUCAUCUGUGGGAGAGGAUGCGAAUCAGGAGAGUAAUCUGUUACCCACAGUGGAAAGUACAGCUUCAGAUUUACCAACCAAAGUUGUAAACCAACCAUUAUCUUCUUCUUUGAAGCCAUUGCCAACUGGGUCAGCUUGGAAAGGCAAAAGUCCUUUUAUGCUGACAACUCGAGGGUGGGGGGAACAGAGAUGGAAUCAAGGAAAAGAUCCCCAUGUGAGUGAGUCAGCAUCCCAGAAACACAGCUCCAGUUUAACAAGCAAACAGAGAGAUUUGAAAACAAGAGAAUCAACUUCUUUGGAAGAAACCCCGGAGUUAGAGUCAACUAGCAAUGGCAAGUUUAUCUCAGACUUAGGACACAGAAGCGUUGCAGUAGAGGCACAGGACCUAAAAUCAAGUCCUACAGAAAACACAAGUCACUCUAAAGAUGUGAUUUCUCCAGGAUUAGGCUCUUCUGGGAUACAUAAAAGUUUGGAGAAACCAGCACAAUAUAAUGAAAUUAAAAAAUCCCAUGAAAGUUCCUCCGUGAAAGUAGAUUCACCACAAUCUGACCUUAAUAUUGGAAUUUGUAAACCGCUCUCCCACUUUGAUCAAGACAUCAGCGGGCAAUCCUUUGGGAGUAAAAAUGUUGAAGAUGUUACUCAGAUCACCAAACCAAAUGUUCUUAUUGAACCUAAGGAAUUUAAAAAUGAACAGAUUCCUAAUUCCAGCCAAACUGAAGUGGGUCCAACAUCAGAUAGAGAACGAACACUAGGACAAAAAACAUUUCCUAGUGAAACCAUUCCAAAUGAGGUGGAGUACAAGAAUACUGGCCAUCAUCAAGUGGCAAAUAUUGCUCCUGACCGUCCCCCACGAAUGAAAGAAAAGACUGGCCAACUACACCCACAACACAUUAAUACAAAUUAUAAACAACACUCACAAAAUUAUGUUACUGACAGUGUGCAACAGUCAGAGAUCAAAUAUGUGGAGCCCACUACACAACAGGAAGAAUAUUUAUCCACCAAGACCAAAGACCUCCCGAAACCAUCUGUGCGGUCUGCAGUGCUGAAGGCAAAUGAACUGGCUAGUGAAAACUUAAGAGAAACACAACAAACAUUGGAUUCGUCACUGUCUGAUUCAGUGCAACCAGCAACCCAAGAAACAUAUAGACACCAUGAGCAUGGAAAAAUAGAAAUAAGAACAUCGACUAAGGAGGAGCAUGAUGAUUUGUCAGCUCAUCUGCAGACCGCACAAAGACCUGAAACAAAUGUACAGAAAGAGGCAGAUGAAAGCAAUCAUGUAAAGUGCAAAGUGAAAGAGAAACCUCCAUUUUCUGCAGGGACACAAGUUACAGAUCAUGUGAUUUAUAGAGAGAGCCAGCAUGAAGAUAACGCUGACACAGCUCCCACAGACCCUAUACUGACUGGCAGCGUUGGAACCUAUGGUCUCCUGGCAGAAAAGAAGCAUGAAAGACAGGCUGCUGAUGAUAGAUCUGACUCCGAGCAUGAGGAAAUCAAAGCUGUUUGUCGAUCAGACAGAGAUUCCCUUUGUCACACAGAGAGGUCGUAUUUUGUAGAUGACCACCAAUACGUUGACACAAAUACACCUGAUGAUAUUGUAGAGGAAGAGCAUGACAGCUUAAACAAGAGGGAAGCUGAUGCUAGAAUGCUGACUGUGGAUUCUAUGUCCUAUAAAUCAGAAUUAGAUCAUAGACAGAUUGAUUCCCCUGCAGAGUCCAGGUCAGUGUAUGGAAAGACUGUCCUUUCCUUCCAUGACUCUGAGCCACCAUCUGUGCAUCUUCAUGAUCCAAGUAGAAAGGUUCAGUCGGAGUUGCCUGAACAUGCAAUUACAAAGAAGAUCCCACACCUGUAUAUGGGAUCACAUGUGCAAGAAAAUGACAGCCUUCUUCCAGAAGAUGUAUAUAAUCGAUCAAGUGAAUCUCAUGCCAUAAGUGCUAAACCAAAGCACCUUCAACACAGUUCUACAGAUACAGAAGUGUUACACGUCAUACACAGUCAGACAGGGAAACCAAAGGACAACCUUUCUGAACCAGAAAGCUAUGAGUCAAAUAGGAUGCAGGAAAGAGAUCUUCCGUUAGAAAAAUUAGAUUAUGCAGCUAAUGAGUCAGAGGAACAACAGCACCGACAGUUAGAAGAGCCACUUCAUAGGCAAUCAGAGGAAACCACUAAUAGAUUCAAUCAAUCAAAAGAGCCAGAUCACAGGUACACACAAUCAAAGGAGCCAUAUAAGCAGUAUGUACAAUUAGAGGAGCCAAUUCAUAGACUUGAACAAUCAGAUGAGUCAGUUGACCAAUAUAUACAAUCAGAAGGGCCAAUUCAUAGAAAUGAGGAGAUGGAGAGAAGCUAUGAAAAAUCAGAAGAGCUAGUUCACAGAUAUGAACAGUCAGAGGAGCCAAUUCCCAGAUAUGACCACUCAGAAGAGCCAGUUCAUCAUUAUACACAACCAGAAAGGUUAAUUCACAGUUAUGACCAAUCAGAGCCAGUUCAUCAUUAUGUACAAUCAGAUGAAUCAAUUCACAGAUAUGAGCAAUCAGAGGAACCAGUCCAUCAAUAUGUACAAUCAGGAGAGCCAGUUUACAGAUAUGACCAGUCUGAGGAUCCAGUUCAUCAAUAUAUUCAAUCAGAAGAGCCAACACAUAGUUAUGUACAAUUAGAGGAGCCAAUUCACAGCUAUGACCAAUCAGAAGAGCCAAUUCAUCAUUAUGUACAAUCAGAGGAGCCAAUUCGCAGAUAUGACCAAUCAGAAGAGCUAGUUCACCAUUAUGUACAAUCAGAUGAGCCAGUUCACAGAUAUAACCAAUCAGAAGAGCCAGUUCACCAUUAUGUACAAUCAAAUGAGCAAAUUCAAAGAUCUGAAGAUCAGGAAAGCAUUUCUAAACAAUCAGAUGCAACACUUCUCAAGUAUGUCCAAUCAGAACAGCCAGUUAGGGCAUGUGAACAAUCAGGAGAACCAAUUAGCAAGCGAGCACAUUUAGAGGAGCCAGAUCACCAACAUGAACAAUCAGAGGAGCAAAAUUUUAAAUAUACACAAUCAACAAAUAUACAGCACUCAGAGGAUUCACAGCAGAUACAGCUUUAUUCAGAGGAACCACAGCAUAAGGCUAUUCAGCCUAAGGAGCUAGAGCAGAUAAAUGACAUGUCAGAGGAGAAGAAACUUAGAAACACAAUGCACACUAGGCAUGAAAACAUUAUCAUGCCCUCAGCAGAGAUGAACAUUAAACCUAAUAUUUCAGUGGAACAACAUGUUAAACCCACUCACUCAGCUGAAGCAGAGCACACACAUAAAUACUCGCAGCAAGAACACAGUUAUUCAGAAGAGCAAACUUAUAAGGAUGCUGCAAUGGCUGAGCUCGAUCAUAAAGAUAGUAUCUCUGAGGAGCAAAACCACAGACAGUCACAGUCAGGAGAGCCACAACCUCGCCAGUCCUAUCAAGAAGGACCUAAGCCUGUAGAUGAUCCAUCAGAGCAGCCAAGGCAUAUAGAUACUGAACUGGAUAAAAUAAAAAGUCAUACUGAGUCAGAUAAACUGGAGUCCGAGGAGCCGCAGGGGGAGGUGCCAGAAGGCAAACAUGCUUAUUUAGAUAGAAACAUAAAUGGACAUAUCGAAUUAGAAGAGUCAAAGGACAGUGAUAUCACAUCAAAUGAACAUAAAUUACAAUUACAUACAGUAGAUGGAAGCCAAGCUGAAGAUGCUGAGGAUACAACCUCACAACCAGAGGAGCCCCCAGAUGAAGAAAAUUUUGACUUUCUGGAGGGUACUACUGUUUUAGAUUCAUCUUGCAUGAGGAGCAGAGCAUCUCUAGGUAAAAAGAGAUGUCGUAAGACCCCCAUACCAGGAGCUGCCACUUCUCAGGAAGAAGACCCUGAAUACUGGAUGUUUAGAGACUCCACAGAUCCAAAAUGUUGCCCAGAGAAAGAUUCUGAUGAUGAAGAGAAAGAGCCGACAUCUUCUGACUGUACUCCGGACAAUUCUCCCUUGCCAAGAAAGUCCUCCAAGAAGGGUGGGAUAUUCGCUGGCAUAAUAUCACCAUCUAUCCUGAAGGGGCGCUUGAAAGUUCGCAAUAAAACUCCUGAAGAUGAAACGGCCAAACCAGACUCAGAAGAGGCAAAAUCGCCUGGGAAAGAAAAAGCAGAUUCUUCAAGCCAUUCUCUGAACUGGCUACAUGCACUGAAGAAAAAGAAGAAAAAGCAACCAAAGUGACCGCCAUCCACCUAGAUAACAGGGCACCAAUGUAUGGAUAGUUGGGUUGUCUCUAGCCCAGCAUUUUUCAAGCUUUUUGCAUCACAUACCCCCUUAUAAUGGCAAGUGAUUACCAUUCACCCUCUGAUAUGUGCCAGCUUAUUGCACGCACCUUCUAUAUGUAUUCCAAACACCAAAAUACUAUGCAUAAAUAUAUAACAGGCAAGCUACACCUUUAACAAAUAACCCAUCUAAUUCGGUUUGUAUAUUUUUUCAUAUUUACCGGUAUAUUAAACUGUUUUGUUUUUUUGUGUUGAAUGUAACAUGUUUUUUAAGUGUUCCUAGAAUCUUCCAGAGGUACCUCUAGGGGUGCGAGUGACAAGUAUCAGCUCCCCCAGCUGAUAACAACCUACAAUUCUAAUGAUGCCUUAUUGGGAAUGUACAUGUGCAGCACCAUAGAGAAUUGAGGGUGACUGUUUUUUGCUAUUCCUUAUGUUCUGGCUGUAAAUCGUUUUUUUUUUUUUUUUUUUUAAAUCAGUAAUGACGCACCUUUAUAUUUGUGUGGAUUUGUUUACUUGUUAGAAUUAGUUGUUCUGUCUUUUUUUCUGUUUGCUAUACACACAGGGAGACUAUACUUACAAAAUGAUUAUUAUAUUAGGUGGUUUUAUAUGCAUGGCACCAGCAGAAUUUAUUUUGCCUGGACAGUGUAAAAUAUAUAUUAUUACUUGAACAUUCUACUUUAAAGGAUGUAUUACGGUUUUUAAAAAUAAGACUUCUUGCUAAUUAAAAUGACUAUCUGUGAGCUUUAUCAAUGAAAAGUUCAAAUUUGUAAAGUAUAUGUAUAGAUUCUUUUUUUUAGAAUGUAUUAGUUUAUACUGUUCCCAUCUGUGAUAUAUUCAUUCCAGGUAAAACCAACUGGCAAAGGGGGAGGUGAUAGAGGUAGAAUAAGGCAUUCCCAAUGUCUCAAAAUGAAAUAGAAUAUUAGAGAUGGUUUUGAGAAUGGGGUGUUGGGGUGUGGCUAUUUCAGUUUUGGGCGAUCACCAGGAUAUGUCCGAGCACAUAACAGUUGUGUUUUGAGAUGGAGGGCAGAUAUAAGUGGAGCAGUGCAAACCCUCGAUAGGAGUUUUCAGGAAUGUUAAAGGCUUCUGUUGGUUGGAUUAUAGAACAGCUGUAUUGUCUUCUUCACCAGUUAUAAAAAUCCAUUGUCGCUAAAUCAAAUUAGUCUUGUACAGUGUCGGACUGGCACAUAAAGGGCCCACCGGGGGUAUGCAGUGGUAGGGGCCCAUGAUUAGAGGUGUGGCCAGCCUCCAAAGGGGGUGUGGCCAGCCACCACAGAAAUUUGGCUAACCAUUAACUGGUCUGGACUCCUUGAUAAUUUAUAUAGUAAUUAAUGCUAGUGCAUACAUGAUAAUGUGCCAGAUUGAUAAUGUGCCAGAUUAAUGACAGCAAUGUACUGUAGAGAAUACAUCAUAAUCCUGUGCAGUAAGGUAACAUAUGUAUAAUAUAUAAUUCAAGUGCACAGUCUAGAACCUGAUCCCUAGAGGAGGAGGAGGGCCCCCCAGGCAGUGGGGCCUACCGGUGGUUUCCCCUGUACCCCUGUGGGCCAGUCCGAGCCUGGUCUUGUACUUAACCACUUAACUAGUCAGAUCACAUGCAACUGCGCUGCCCCACUGUGUCCCACAGUUUUUGAUGAGGCGAUCCAUUCUGCAGAUGUGUAUAAUAUAAUAUUUAAAUAUUUUGUAAAAUACUUUUUAAACUAUAUUAAAUAAAAAAAUAAAAAACAACUAGAUGAAUGGUUUUGAAGGGAAAAAUCAUCAAUUAAGUGGUUAAAGAGAAAGAGUGUCUUUGGAGAAUAGAGCUGGACAUGUUUAGAUUGGGAAUCAGUUUUGUUAGGACUUUAAGGAAUAGGUUUCAUAUGGCUAAUGGGGCAGAUUUAUUAACCUGGAGAAGGCAUAAGGAAGUGAUAAACCAGUGAUAAACGCAAGGUGAUAAACGCACCAGCCAGUCGGCUCCUGUCAAUUUACAUAUUGGAGCUGAUUGGCUUAUGCCGUCUCCAGGCUUACUACAUCUGCCCCAAUCAGAAAUUGCUAUGGUAAAUUUAUAGUUAUUGACCGGUUUAGGGGUCCAGACAAGGGGUAUUCGGGAAUUAAGGUGAUGCUCAUUCUUUUUUAAGCCCACACAUCUGUGUAAUAUUGUUCUGAUAUCCUAGUUGCUAGUGUGCCACUGUUCUCAAAACCAAGUGCCACAUUGUUCCAUAACCUCAAGUGUCAGUAUGCUAUUUUUCUAUAACCCCAAGUGUCACUGUACCAUUAUUCUAGAACCACAAGUGUCAAUGUAUCAUAAUUUUGUCUUCCCAAGUGUCAAUGUACGAUUGAUCUGAAACCCCAAGUGUCACUGUACUAUUGUCCUAUAGCCCCAAGUGUCAGUAUGCCAUUAUUAUGUAACCUUACGUGUCAGUGUACCAUUGUUCUGGAACCCCAAGUGUCAGUAUGCCAUUGCUUUGGAACUCCCAGUGUCAGUAUAAAAUUGUUCUAUGGCCCCAAGUGUUAGUGUGCCAUUGUUCUUUAACCCAAAGUGUUAGUGAAUCAUUGUUUUGUAACUCUAAUUGUCAGUGUACAAUUGUUUUGCAAAGAGGUACUGUAGAUCACAAAAGAAUGUAUUCCAUAUCUGACAAUCAUUGGAGCCACAAGAGAUUUUGCAACCUCAAGUUGUGCACCUCUGGUCUAAUAUGAGCAUUCUAGAUUCUAUCAAAUAAAUCUAGAUACACAAAACUAUAUUUUGCUUUGCAUAUAUUUAAGCCAUACCCAUUGUUGGGCAUUUUUUUAACAUAAUAAUAUAGAAAUGUAAUCAAUGUGUUAAAUUUGUACAGGGCACAAAGUCCACCUAAUAGAGUACAAUGAAGAAUCAAGCACCAGACAUUGAUUGUGCACAAAAAGUACUUAAUAAUAAUUAAUCACCACAUGAAAGUGGCAUCUGCACAAUUGUAAAGAUUGUAUACUUUGAUAUUUAGAAUUCCAGGUUACAAAUAGGAGGAUUCAUGCUUUACUUGAUGUGUGCAGAGCAUGUAAUAUAUGUCUAUCAAACGCAAAUACAAAAACUUUUAACAGUGGCAUCCUGAAGCCUAAAAUAUUUGACUAUUCUCAGGUUCUGAAGAGAGAUAAAGAGAUAAAACAGUAAAUAAAGUGCCUAUGUCUUUAUUCUGAUGAAAUACAUGAAAGAGUUCAGUUAUUUUUUAUUAAAAAAUUUUUUAAGAAUUAUUUAAAUUAAACAGAAGUUUUGAUUAUCCUAUAUAUUAAAAGGCUAACGCUCCUCACCUCUAUGGGGAAAUUCAAGUAUUUUGAGUGUCGGCGGCCAUUAGAUGGUGCCUGAAGAAAAAAUCAAGUGUUGCUCCGUUUGGGCGCCCAUAGUUGCCGGUGCUGACAUCACUAUUAUGUUGUUCUGUCAUUUUGACGAGUUCACAACUAGUAUAUUAUGUUUUCACAUAGACCCCUGUUUUGCAGCAUGUGUAAGGUUAAUAUCAUUGGAUGUGAAGCCAUGCCUGGUGCCCAUAUUCAAAUCAACUGAAUCUACCCCUACAUCAGGGUUUUGGGAGAAAUACAGUUCUGAGAACAUAGCCUGUAUACUUUACUUUUAUAAUAUUGUCUAUUACUUUUUUUGUAUUGCACAAACCAAAUCCUGAUUAAAUUUGAAUUUCAAAAGGU